CGCAUAGUUUGAUAAUCUGUGUAAAUGUGCAAGUCAUAUAAAAGAAUGACAGGCUGAGCUCACCUAAAACCUAACCUAUUUCGUCAUUGUUUACGCUUGCUGCUGGUUUACAUGUGUUUUACUCAGUGAAAAAUUGUGUUACAAAAUUCACAUUUCUAUCAUUCAAAAGUUACUUGUAAAGUUCGAAGUGCUGCUAAAAUAGUCCUAACACAAUGGAAUUAUUUGUGGGAAAACGCUGUGUAUCUUUAAUAGAAUAUGGUACUUCUGUUCAAGACCUCAUACUGCACAUUCAGAAGAGCAUAGGACUACAACCAAACGAGUACUAUCUAACUUCAAAUGGACGAAUAUUCCACCCAGAGGAAGAUAAAACUCCACAAAGAAAAGUACACAUUAUAUUAAGAACCCUUGGAGGGAAAGGUGGCUUUGGUUCUAUGCUAAGAGCUAUUGGAGCUCAAAUCGAAAAAACCACAAAUAGAGAAGCCUGUAGAGACCUCAAUGGCAGAAGGCUAAGGGACAUUAACGAAGAACAAAGGCUAAUAAAAUGGGUGGAGCAGCAGGGAGAACGCGAGAAAGAGGCGCAAGAUAAGAAAAAGAAAAAACUCGAAAAACUACUAGAGCAACCCAGACAUGAAUUUAAGGAUGAGCAGUAUGAAAAAGAGAGGACUGAGUUGACUGACAAGAUAGAGGAUGCGGUCACAAAGGGCUUGGAAGCCUCAAACAGUGGUAUAAAGAGGAAAAUCGAUACAAAAAGCAAACUGGGAAAAAAACCCAAAUUAUGGAUUGAUAGCGAUAUUGAUGAAGAUCUAUCUACCACUGAUUCUGAGGAUGAUGACGAACGCAAACCAUCUACCAGUGUCAUUUGCGUUUCACCAAGCUCUUCUUCGGAAGAUCAUAAAUGAACUACGAAGGUUGUUCUAGAUCUUUUAGAACUACUCCAGAAAUUGAAGGAAUGGCGCAGGGCUCAAUUCGAAUAAAUUUACAUUCCACGUUAUGCGAAAAGUGAGUAACGGAGCACUCGUAACGUAACAUAAAGUAAUUAAAACAGCAAAGUUAUUGG